UUCCAUAAGAGAACAAACCGAUGUAUUUAUACAAAGGCUCGGGGGCAACGAGUGGGUGGGUUCUGUCCUCACCAGCCGGCACAUUCCACUUGCUUGCUUGCUCGUCCUCUUUCAGUCAUGAUGGAGCUCGUCGAUACGCAUAGUGGUCUUCUCCGAUGGAGUGAGCCGCUUUGUUCGUGGUGCUUUCGUCAAAUCUUUGUGGUUCCAGUAUAAAGGUCGUGCUUGGGGUUCAGAAAUAACAUGGAUAGCUUGAGACACGCAUGUUUGACAUCUCGCCACCACCACCACCACCACCACCAUCAUCAUGCCCGAGAAACACCCAAAAAGCCCCUCCAAGAACAAGUCCGCUGAAGGUCCUCGUGCCCCAGCCCCAGCGGGAGGCUUUCUCGGAUGGUUAGCUGGAAAGCGCGGUCAUGACCAUCGCAAGUCCACCGUGAGCAGUCGUGCAAAGGACAACUCAGACCGUCGGCAAGAGCCUUCAUCGAUCGCCAAAGGGAAACAACCAGUUCGCACCGCAGAGGGACAUCAAGCAGGGAAACAGGAAAGAGAGGGCCAGGGAGGGCAUCGGGUUUAUGCUCACACCCCGGCCAAUCCGCCCAAGCCCGUCUCUUCGGGGUCUCAGGUGAGGAAUGUGCCCACCUCUUCGGCGGUUGGGCGUACCCACGCAGGCCCCUCGAAAAUCUAUGGACGAAAGUUGUCAAGCUCUAUCGCUUCAUCUCGUCAAGCUACAGGGUCAAGCGCUCGUGCCGGGUCCUCUGAGCCUCUGAUGUCGGGUGCCCUUCAAGCCCCGGAUCAGCCUUCCUCCGUAGGCAGCGAGGAUUCAGGGAACAGUGGAUUCAGCGCUACCUCCAGCACCGCUGCUGUCUGCGGGUCAAAAGUCACGGACCGGGCUCAGACCCUCUCCCCCGUAAUCAAUGAGAACUGUGGUGGAAGCGGGUUCAGCGCUACCUUCAGCACCGCUGGUGCCUGCAAGUCCAGUCUUGAAGCCCGGGUUCAGAUCUGCCCCGUACCAAACGAGAGUGGGUAUGAAAGCGGCUUCAGCGCUGGCUUCAGCACCCAUGGUGCCGCGGGAUCCAAAGUCGUGGACUGGGACGAACUCGGCAGCGACGUGGAAUUCUUGAGUCACGAUGAAGCCUCCGAUCCAGACUCUGACAGUGAAGACGCCGAUCCAGACUCCAUGUUGUCCAGUGAUGUCUCCGGGGGCGUUCCAGUGUAUGCAAGCACCACCAACGCAGACCGGCCGCCUCCCUACCACAACAUCAACGCAGCCUUGGACAACCUCAAGAUCAAGGACGACUGCUGUCUGAUCUGUCACAAACACAUGCACAAGGACGGGUUCUCGUGCCCCGGCGGAUGUGGCACACUGUAUCAUGACAACUGUGUCUCAGACUGGCGCACCCCCAGAAGUUCCGAGAACCAAGAGCCCUGUCCGUGUCCGAUGUGCUGGCAGGACAUCUUUCAAGAGAAUUGCGCGGUCUGUGGAAAGCCCAUCGUGGACUACGAGUUCUGCUGUCCCCAGCAAUGUGGAGCGUGGCUUCACGAGGCUUGUGCGGAACGCUGGGUCGACCAGUGCCGCGAGACGUAUGCCAAUCAAAACAUGCCUUGUCCCCGGUGUAGCGCGCCGUGGCCUAAACAUAUUGACGAGGAGGCGGAGUGUCCGAUCUGCUUUCUAGCCAUGGACGAGAAAAUCCAGGAUGUGACCCCAUGCCCGGCACUAUGCAAGCAGAAUUACCACUCGGAGUGUAUCAAUGCCUGGCUUGACAGCGUCGAGCCCAAUGGCCGGGCGAGAGCGUGUCCCAAGUGUCGAGCUCCGUGGGUCCCUAUUUCCGGGCAUUGAAGAUGGUGGAUUGGACUGCUCUGUUUUGGGAUACGGUGUUGAGGCGUUGAGGGGGGUUGAGUUGAGUCGGUGUACGGAAUGGCGAUACGUGAAGGAGCCCUAACUGUAGCUCCCGUGCCU